AUGCUCCCAGAUCGCCAUCAGAUUAUUCCGGUCCCAGAUUCUCCACCUUUUCAAAUACUGCUGACUAAUGGGUCGCAAGAUCCGUCAGACACAGUCACGGCGGCAACGAUGACGGGAUUUGCAGACAAGAAGAGAAAGAAUCCGUUUAUUGAAUUUAUGAGAUUCCCAAAGAAUAUGAAAGUAGAGAGUCAAGAGACACGGAUUGGAUUUGGUAAUGCGAGGAAGAUGGAUGCAGCAGCUGUUGCGAGAUUAGAGAUAGAUCCUGCGAACUUUAUGUUUGCAAUCACUGUGGAACGGACGAUGUAA